UGCUGUCAAACACUUCGCUCAAAUCAACUCUCCGUUAAUAAAAUCCUAUUAUUACUAUUUUAGUGUUUUUUCGGAGUAAUUUGUUGCUUAAAUCGUCAAUUAUCGGCAUCAAUUUAAGCUGAUCAAAAUACAAUAGUGCUUCCUAGCGAAAUAAGUGCGAAAAUUAUCAUUAUAAAAAGUGCAGUGCGCGUCCCCCGUACCACGACACCGCCUCGGGCAAGGAAGUCGCUAUCGCUCGCGCGGCUCGCAAUACUAAUCUCUGCAUUUGAUCGUCAAGUUGCGCUUUUGUGGUACAGGGCACCUUCAAAACUACAAUGUCACCCAAGAUCAAAACAAAGAUAUGUUCUGGCUGUGAUGGGGGAAUAUCGGACACUAAAAAUAUGCUGAUAUGUAAAACGGGAGCCUGUCAAAAGGUCUUUUGCAAACUUUGCAUUCCAAUUGAACUAUCUUUGGCAGAAAAAAAUGUCUGGACAUGCCCAAAUUGCAAAGCUACGUCGAAAAGAGGCGGCGAUAACUCCUCGACUCCUGUUCGUACGACGCAGUACGAUUGUAACGUCACAAUGCGUAAACAAAACAAAACGUCUCAACAACUACAGUCUACAACGGGAUCGGGACCAGAGGUGGACAAGUCGACGGCGGAACCCGCAAUGCCCCAGACACCUUCUCUAGGGACUCCCGGUGAUCUGACUGAGCUAACGUCAGAAAUAAAACUUUUACGUGGUGACAUGUCAAACCUCAGGAACCAACUAUCUUCUGCUUUGGACUCCCUGGCUAAGUGCCAAACCCGUAUGGAUGAAAUAAACGGCAAACUCGCAGACACCGAGCGCCGGCUGCAGGCUUUGGAGGACCAGCAAUCGCAAAAUGUACGCAUUAAGGCUACAUUACAGGACCUUGAAAACAAGUACAACAUGCAAGCACAACUUGCUUUAAGAAAUGAAAUAGAAAUCAUCGGUUGCCCAGAAAUCAAAAACGAAAAUCUACAUCACACUACAAUGGCCAUAGCCACCAAGAUUGGUAUCAGUGUAUCGGAACUAGACAUAGACUUUGUUUCAAGAGUGGGACCCAUAAGAAAACAAUCCAGCAACGAGUCUAGCCAAGCACCACGGCCUGUGAUUGUACGUUUUGCCCGCCGGAAGGACCAGAGAGCGGGCGGGCCAGGCAAACUUCAAAUACUGUUGGACUCGAAGUGGAUUCAUCUACAGAAGAAAGCGAGACGGUGCAGAGGCCAUCAAGAUCACCAGCUACGACUGUAUCGACCGCGUCUUUGGAUCUCCACAGCAGCCUAA